AUGUAUCUGCGGGAGAAGGCCCCCCGGGCUCCCCGCUUGGACGUCCCUCCCCUCCCAAGGGUCCAGUCCUCAGGGGACACUCGGAAGAGGACGGAGGUGGCCAUUCCCCAUCCUACUAGCGCACGCCCCCCGACCCCCACCCUCCCGGGGGCUGCGGGAGGCGGAGCCGCUGCAGGCGGGGACCGGCUUCUCCGAGGGGAGGAGCCCGGGCCGGGGCUGGCGGGGACUCUUUGGCGGCUUGCGGCGGAAGGAGCAUCCGCGGCGGUGCUGCGAUUUCUUCCAGCAGUUUCUAGGCCUGUCUCGGCGGUCUCCAGCCCUCCCCCCAGGCUCCGCCUCCCUCGCUGCGGCGGGGGCGGUGUCUUCGCGGCCGCCCGCUACCUGCUGCGGCGGUCCCUAGGCGAUUGUGUCCCCGCCACCCACCCAGUCGCCGCCCUGUGGGGCCACGGUGUGACGACCCCCUCCACGCGUGACCCUAGGAGGCCCACACGGCUGUUGGGGAUGCGGAGCACGGGGUGGACCGCGGAGCGCAGAGGGAGGGAGGGAUGGCCGACCUGCUCAGUCACAGGGCAUGGGAGCUGCGGGGCCCCCUUCCCUGCUGCAGCUCUUUGGACCUACAGAGGAGGGGCCCCUUCUUUUCAGAUUAGCGGGAGCUCCAGGCAUCCCCGUGAAGAUGCUGGUCACAGGUUCGCCCGGUACCAGGCUCCAGAACCAAGUUGGGCCACUGCCUCGGCUCUGCCUUCUCGCUGAGGUGACCCGCCAUGCCUUGCCUGCCUUGCAGCCGGCAAUCUGGCCUUGCCUUUUUCCAAAGCCGCAUCUGGAAGCUUGUCGAACUGAACCCUCGACGAGAGAAUGGCCGCACCCCUGUAAAUGUUCCUCUGCUUUCUUAGCCCACCCUCGCCAGGGUACACACACACACACACACACACACACACCUUUGUUCCCAGUGCUUUCGUGAAGCUUAUCUUCUCUAAUGUGCUUGAUUGUGAAACAGUAGUUCCUUUCUUCAUCCUUGCCCCUCUGUCCACUUCAUCUGUUGUCACCCCAUCCUGAACUGUCUUUAUCCUCUCCUUAAAUGUAGUGUGAGAGAAACCCAUAGAGAAGUCAGUGAAUGCAGAGACACUGGGUAGGGUUGCCAGCAAGGCCGCAGAGUGUUGUGUUGGAUCAUCCUCUGAAACCAGGAAUAACAACA